AUGGAAAGUCUGCAAACGCCUGUUGUGCAACUCGAUGAGCACGCCAAUAAUUUUCUGUAUGAAAAACAUAGCAGUCUAGUGCUGUCUGUGGUAUAUUUGAUCGGCAUGGACUUAGACGAGAACGAGAGUUUGCUAAAUGCACUGGUUGCCAACCUGCGACUCAUGACCAUAUCGCGGGUGGUGUUUAUGGUGCAGCUCGGAGAAACCAAUGAGACGUUUCUGGACAAAUUGUUUACUUAUUGCUGGAAAAUGAAACUACUGAAUGUGUUGGCAGUAUUUGAGAGCUAUAACACUACGAACACCUUCUAUAGCUAUACGCAAUUUCCCAGUUAUCAAUUGGAGCAACGUGUAUAUGAUCCCAGCGCGACCAUCUUUCCUGAUCGUCUGAGAAAUCUACACGGCUAUAGUGUGCGCAUUAUAAUUGGUGGCGCGACUCCGCGCAUCAUUCUCUACUAUAAUAAACAGGGCGAUAUAAUCUAUCGGGGCACAUUGGGCCACUUUAUGGAUGUCUUUCAGCAAAAAUUCAAUUGCACUUUAACGCAGCCGUUUCCAGUCAAGCCGAAUAUGUUAGUUCCUUCAACGGAACUAGUGGCAGCUGUGCGCAAUGGCACCGUGGACCUAUCAUUGGCGAUUACAUUUCCUGACCAGCUCAAUAUGCGACCUUUUACUUAUCCGUACGAGCAAAUGAAUUGGUGCCUCAUGCUACCCGUGGAAGCGGAUAUACCACACGCCGAGUAUUAUGUCAAUGUCUUUGAGCUGCAGGCAUUUUUGCUAACUGUGGCCGUCUUGGUGGUAAUUUCCAUCACACUUUCGUCGAUUCUGAAGCACCACGGGUACUCGGUGCAGCUGUACGAGUUUAUACUGCAUGAUAAUUGCUUGAGAGGAGCUCUGGGACAGUCUUUUUAUGAGGUACGUCGCGCUUCGGUACACCUGCGCGCCAUCUACGUGCAGAUAUGUUUACUGGGUUUUCUGCUUACGGCCUGGUAUAACUCUUACUUCUCGGCUUAUGUGACCAGUACGCCCAAGGAGCCACCCUAUCGAACCUACGAUGAUAUACUGGCCUCCAAUCUGAAAGUGGCCGCCUGGGAGUCGGAGUAUAACGAGCUCAUUGGACGCUUAAAGGAGUUCCGGAAGUACGCACCAAUGUUUCUGGUAGAGCCUAGUUUUAGUAAAUUUAUUCGCAUGCGAGACACGUUUGACACUAAACAUGGCUUCAUGAUGACAUCCAGCAAGUGGGUGGUUAUUAACGAGCAACAGAACAUCUUCAGUGAGCCACUGUUUCGCAUGCGCAAUGAUUUUUGCUUCUUCAAUAAUAUUCCCCUUGGUUUUCCGGUGCACGAAAAUUCGAUUUAUAAGAAGCCCAUACAAAGGCUAAUUAUGGAACUUGCCGAUUCUGGCUUAACAUCUUAUUGGACUUCAAAGGGAUUUUCGGAGCUUGUAGAAGCUGGCGAACUGCAUUACUUGGACCAUAGUAUGCGCAGAGAGUUUCGUGCCAUGCAACUAAAGGAUUUGCAAUAUGUUUGGUAUGGCUUUGCUUUUAUGUUAUUAUUUUCUAUAGCAGUUUGGCUGCUCGAACUGUUCUUGAAUUGGCUAAAACGCCGACGCCAACGCAGGCAUAAACCCUCUCAGUAUUAG